GUGCUGGGCGGCGGGGGGGGUGGCUCCUUGGCCAGCGACUACGUGAACAUGUCCCCCCUCAGCCGCUCGGCCUCCAGCACCCCGCCCGAGUACAGCCCCCUGCUGGCCCCUCCCGGCGCCGCGCCCUUCUACUCCCUGCCGCGCUCCUACAGGCGAGGGGGGAGGCCGCUCUCUUUCCCCUUCCACCCGGGGCGCCUCUCGAGCUCCUCGUCCACCAGCUCAGACAGCCUGGAGGAGUGGGUGGGCGCCCCGUGUUCGGCCCGUCCUCCUCCGAGGCUCCUGGUGGGGGGCAGAGCCACACCGGCCGCACCCCGCAGCUCCGGCGAGUACAUCAGCCUCGAAUACGGCCCCCGAGCCCCCAGCUGUGUCCACUUGGAGCUCCAAGCCGUGCCGGCGGAGGUCAGCGAGGUGGCGGGGCCUCCUGGCGAUGGUGCAGCGGUGCCGAUGACCCGUCUGGUGCGAGCAGACGCCCCAGGGAGGCGACACCACGGACCGGAAGCCUUCCCUGAAGUGGAGCAGAACGGGGUGCAGCCCUGCGAGGCCGGGACUGAGCCAGGGCUGAACUAUAUUGACCUCGACCUGGUGAAGGAGGCCGGGGCGGAGGGGGGGCCCCCACUGCGUGCCGCUGCCGCCAUCCCCAGCCAGGGCGGGGCCCUCCACACGUAUGCCAGCAUCGACUUCCACCGCCCGUGGGAGCUGCGUGGAUGCCAGCCAGGCCCUGAGCAAGCCGAGUUGUGAUGCCCCAGAAGCCGCCUCCGGAGAGACCCGGCUGGCCUCAGCUGCUCCUUGGCUGCCCCAGGGGGAUUGGGGCCCCUCCUUCCCUCCCUCCUCCCUUCUCUCCCUGCGGCUGCCUGCCAUGUGCCUUUUUUGGUGGGGAGGAUAAAGCCCUUCCUGGACUCUGCCGGGGUCUCUCUCCCCCCCCACACACCAAAGAUGUGCUCUCUGUGUGUGCCCCCUCGUGCCUUGGCUGCCUGCCUGCCUGCC